UGUUAAGUGCUAAUGUUGUGGAGCGUAAAACAAGAUUAUGUAAACAUUGUCGUGUAUUUUGUGAUACAAAUGUGGUCAAAAGUGAACAUCGUUGCGUCAUCCGGGUAUUUGGCUUCAACAUAGCUACUUAAGCAAAAAAAACAAAAAAAAAACGUAAGGUUAGGUUUAAUCAUUAUCGGUUCUCUCGAUAAGUUAGCUAACGUCUGCAGUUCAAACACAUCCGUGCUGUGCGACCAACUCAUUUGAGCAACAAGACUGCGAAGUUUCAUCGAAUAGGAACAGAAUGACGGGUACUAAAGGUCAAGAAAUGGACGAGGCUGUUGCUCUAAAGGCCUACUGUAAAAGGCGGCUUAAACACAUUGAGCAGCAAAAACUUUUACUUGAAUGUGAUGAAAAGCACCAGAAGAGGAAACGGACGUCCAUUAAACGAGUAGAGUCCAUUAGUGAUCAGAAUGUGCCUGUGCAGUUUAUAUGCACAUUAAAGCUGAAGACUUUUAGAGAGGAGAUGAAGAAGGGUGCUGAACAGGACUUCCACGAGCCCUUUCGCUGCAGGGCCUGUCUGGCUAAACAAGCUGACUUAGCUAUGAACUACUUUAUCAAAAAGAAGAUGAAUCAGCUUCAGGCUCAACUACUGGACGAGAGAAUCCAGUCACAUCUCUACAAUAAGGACACAGUUUGCCUGCUUGGUGAGAUACUGAAGGACCUGCCUAAGCCUUCAGAUGAUCCUGGUGAAAUUUGGCAAAGACUGCUGUCAACUGAAAGAUGGACAUUACAUGAAACAAAAUGAAAGGCUUCACUCAUCAUUACUGAUGUUUCAGUUUUACUCAACAAACUAAUUUGUGAGUUAAAGCGCAAUGUACAUCACAUGACAAUACAGAUUUUAAAAACAGUGUUUAAGAAACAAUUAACACUUCUCAAUAAGAAAAAUGAUUUUAGUCCAUUUUCAAUAAACCAACAAACUAGUUCACAAAAACAGCUGUGCUGCUAUGCUAGUACAAAACACAGAGUCACAUAAUAGCUUGUUACUGAAAUAUUUAGAACCACAAACAUGCACUGAAUAAAAACACAAGUACGACCUUUCAGCAUAAUCAUUACUCAAGUUGUCAACUAAUAUAAAUGUUGGUUUAUUGUAAUGAGCCUGUGUUUGUAUGCAUUAAAGCUAAAUUUCUGCUA